CCAAGCCAAAGAUGGGCGGGAGCAUCCGCGAGGAGAUGGAGGUGGCUCUGCACGAGCACCGCUUCCUCGUGACGAAGCUGCUGGAGUCGCUCAACACGGCCUCUCUACCGCCCUCCACUAUCACGGCCACGAGACUGCGCACAGUGAACGAGACGUUCAACAAAGUGCUCGAGAAAGACCGCGACCUACUCGCAGCCGUUAAGAAGCUGGCUAGACACCAAGUAGCUCAGAAGGAAUUGCUGCGCAUUGAAGCCGAGAUCGAGAACAAGAAGCAGAAGGUCGUGCAGUAUGCUGCACAGUUGCGUCGCUCCCAGGAGGACAUCGCCAACGUGCUGAGGAAGCACCGUGUUGUGCUACAGAACGCGAAGCAAAAGUCCAAAGUGGUGCUGGAUCCACGCGACAUUGUUGCAUAUGCACACCGUAUUGCGGGCACGACAUCAGCGCCCAAAGAGUGGCAACCUGGCUUCCCAAUGUUUGGAUUCAUGCCGCCAGCACCACAAGAGCACAUGAUGCGAGCGGGUGUACUCAGUCGUGGUAUCGUCGCUGAGAUCGUUACUCAGGGCCCGGAGAAAUACACGUCUACUGCAGCUAGAGUGAAGCAAGACGGCGACAGUGAAGCCAUCGAGAAGCUCAAUAUCCCUAUUGGUUUGGGUGCCAGUGAUGCGCAGAUUCGUAAGCAAAUACCACCUGGAUGGAAGCCAGGCGACCCCGUGGACCUACCGCUCGAUGCUCUACUGCACUACAUGGGUCGGAGUUUCUUCACGGUGCACGGUAUUAUACUACCAGAGUCGUGGAAACCAGGCGACCCGCUCCCUCCGGACGCAAUGGAAAUGUUGCGCAAGAAGUUUAAACUGCCUGAGAAGCGUGCAGCACUGUAUGACGACGAAGUGGUGGACGAUGUCGAGAGUUUACGCAAGAAGCGCAAGCUGGAAGAGGGCGAGAAGGCCGACGAGGGCACAGCUGAUAGCGAUAGCUCCAGCGACUCGAGUGACAGUGACGAAGAGGCUCCGAACACUAUCUCGCUCAGUCUCUCAUCUUCAGAGGACGAAAGUGACGAUGACAGCGACUAAAGUUACUCACUACACUUUGCUCUGCACGUCAUUUUUGUCAAUAACGGUAGUUGCAGUUUACCAUAGUUUCUCAAUUAUGUAUUUUUCUCAAUUUUUUAAACGUCUGUUCUGUGUCAACCCA